CUUUCAGAAGAGGAAGCAAGAAUUGGCAUAUGCAGCAUAUGAGAUGAAACAAGUAGGGGCUGCAACAGAAACUCCAAAAACAGAAUUUAAUUUCAUCCACAGUGAAGUCAUUCCAGAUCGCAAGAGCAAAUUCCAAGCUCACAUUGCCCAGGUCACCUCACUGGAACAGGUUGAACAGGCUCUUGCACAACUAAAGACAGACAGUAAAAUUGCCAAAGCAACAUAUAACAUGGUUGCCUACAGGAUUUAUGUCAAAGAGAAAAAGAGUUAUCUUGAAGAAGGUCGUGAUGACGGUGAGAAUGAAGCAGGCAGAAGGCUGUUGCACUUGUUACAAAUAUCUAAGGUAGAGGAUGCAGUUGUCAUAGUAACUCGCUGGCAUGGUGGUGUGCACAUUGGCCCAGACAGGUUCAAGCACAUUAAUGAAUGUGCAAAUGAAGUAAUCAAGAUUGCGACAGAGAAAGGAAUGAUUGCAACUACUGCUGUUGGGAGCUCUGAAUUAUCUGGGACCAAGAAGAAGAGCAAAGGAAAAGGAAAGAAAUAAAAAAAAACACACCUCAAAAACAAAAAAACAUUAACAGCAAGGGACAUCAGGAGAUGUCCACCAUUGCAUUUUACACUUAGUUAUAUUGCCAUAUACUGUAUAAUGAAAUGCAGGUACAGAUAUAUGAUGUGAUAAUUAUGAUACAACCUUUAUUUAGGUAUAAGUUUUAUUUAAACAUUAAAUAUAAAAACUCAAGUAACCCCGUCAGGACAUACCUCGCUAUUAAUUGAAGCCCUGAUGUUUACAUAUUGGGUACUUUCCAUUUUUCAGAUGUCAUAUAUCAUUCCUCUAUUAGUUAGGAAAUUCAAAUUUUCAAAUUCUAUCCAUUAUUCUAUGGAAAUUAUAAACCUCGAAAUGACUGAAAAAUAUUGACAAAAAAGACAUAUAUACCWAGCGGACUGGCUGACCAGUUCUGACCUAAAUUAAGACCUGUUGAUGAAAGCUGUUUUCUGGUUGGUUUAAAAUCAAACAUGGUGAUUAUUUUGUAAAGUAUUAGGAUUCAUUACUAAGGUAUGGAUUAAGGAAUCAUUUGUACCCUAUUUGUGUAUAAAUAUAUAAUUAAUAAGUUCUUGCAAAUUUUUAAAUCAAAUUAUCUUGUCUUUGUCGUGAUCAUACAUUUCUGGAUCUGUCCCAAAUCUAGUUUAAAUUUAAUUAAACAUUAGGUUAUAACAGUUUUAAUAGAAACACUUAGGUUUAAUUGAUAACUAUGUUACAGAGGCAACUAAAAAUAMCUCUGAGAUGGAUUGGCAUCUCAAUCAAACCAUCUCAAGGUUUUUGUGGUUAUUUUUGUUUGCCUUUGCAUAUAAGACAGAUUUGUACGAAAACUUAGACUUUUAUAGAAGAAGUAUAUUAAAUUCAAUAUGAA